AUGGCCGAGAACCCGGCCCAAAGCAAACGAAUAGGAAGGGUCCCACUGUCAACGCUGAGCGCGCUGGUGUUUGUGUCGCCAAAACUCUUUGCACAAGCACUUGUGCAGGGCACUUUGACUGUUCCACUGCAGGAGUACGUCUCAUUGUACGAAAGGCCCAUGCAAGAUGGCAAGAACCACUUGCCGCUACGAGUCAGCGAGUAUUAUGGUUCUGUAUCCAUGGGCACUCCACCCCAGGACUUUGACGUCGUUUUUGACACCGGGUCUGGAAACAUUGUACUUCCAACACUGAAGUGCUCAGACGAGGCUUGUGAGGACCAUCACCGUUUUUCUAGUGGGGCUUCACGUUCCUCACUGCAGCUGGCCCUCGAGGAUGGUACACCUUUGCAGCCGGGGCUGGACCGCGAUACUACCACCAUUACCUAUGGUACUGGAAAGCUAACAGGGGAGUACAUCCAGGACAUGCUGUGCCUGAAACAAGGUUCUGGAGCUGCAUCAAAUCCGGCUUGUUUGAAAGUGGACUUCUUAGGCGUGACUCAGGAGUCUCGCUUUCCCUUCACCGAGCUUCCCUUCGACGGAAUUUUUGGCCUCGGGUUGGGCGGUUUGUCCGUACGCUCCCAGUUUGUGUGA